AUGGCCUAUUCCGGUAACGAGAGACCAUACAAUGGCAAAGAUAACCACAAUAGAAAAAACGGACAUAAUAACAGGAACAACACUCAGGUGGCAGACGUUCUCGGCGCAGGUGCCUCAAAGUUGAAGAAAAAGAUAAGAGAUAUCGAAAGACUUUUGAAGAAAGAUAACAUCCCAGCACACAUCAGAGUUGACAAUGAACGUUCGCUUAAAGCAUUGAAAGUUGAUUUGGUCAACACGCAGAAUUCAUUAAAGGCCAAAGAAGUUGCCAAAAAGUACCAUAUGGUGCGAUUCUUUGAGAGAAAGAAGGCCAUCCGUAAGUUGAAGCAGGCCAUGAAGUCUUUCGAAGACGUUUCAAAGACCGAAGUAAGAAAAGACAUCAAAAAAGCAAGGAAAGUAGUUUCCCACUCUGAAGUCGAUGUAGCAUACGUCAUUUUGUUCCCCAAGGAAGAGAAAUAUAUUUCAUUAUACCCUAACGCCAAGGCUGGGGAAGAUCAAUCCACUUUAAAUAACGCCAAAGCCAAGAAAGGUGCCCAAAUGACUGAACAGAGGAAAAGAGAGUUGCGUAAAAAUGUUGAGAAGUUAAUUGAAACUGGCAAACUACCAUUCUCCUUUGAUGAUGUAUUGGCCGGUAAGACCAUCAAGGUCGACACCAGCUCCUACUCACAAUCUACCCCACAUCAAGAAAUUGAUGCACCAAAUAAGGAACACCACAAUAACAAGCACGGACAAGAUAAAGAAGUGGAACAAGAAGAAGAGGAAGAUGAUUUCUUUGAAUAG